AUGUAUUUGUUGUGUGUGACCAACACAGACAAUGAGGUCCUAUCCCUCUCUGAAUUUCUCUGGCCAUGCACAUUAUUUCUAAUUUUGACUGUGCUUCGCUUCCAGGAACCACCGAGACACAGAGAAAAUUGUUACCUGCAGCCCCGAAACUUGCCAAGCCAAGGAGUUUAUCCCUUUGUCCAAAGCCUCCUUUGUAAUGCUGGCUCUAGAUGCAAGAACACCAGUUAUGAAGUGCCAAAAGACAUCCACUUCCGCAUCUCUGGGUCCCCAAAUUCUCAAGACCACCAAGGCAUGGGGACGAAUUUGGACUUUUUGGAAGAGAUUCAGGAGCUUGCCCAAGGCAUUUCAGAAACAAUGGAGAAGGCCAUUGCUUUACAGAAACUUUGGAUGGAAGGUUCCAAGUUAUCAGGUUCAAGUUAUGACACUGGUUUCCUUGCUGUGGAUCUUAAUAAGACUGAAGCUCUAAUAUCUAAAAUAGAAAACCUUCAUCAUCAACCCUACUUUUGGAAUUUCCUACAUUCUUUGCCAGAACUAAAAAGAAACAAUGUAGAUGCUAAGUAUGCACAGGCUUUGGCACCGUUACUGCAAACAAUUCUAAGUUUUUUAGCAUCUCUAGAAGAUUUGGAUUGGUUACCAAUAAAUCAAACUUUCUCCAAGGCUGCUCAAAUAGGACUAAACGUGACCAUUACAAUCCUGAAAUUUCUUCAGGAGGAAAAAGUGGAAGUUAUUGGACUGGAAUAUAACUUAUCUCUAAGAAAUGUGGUGUGGGACCCUUUGAAGCUGAAAUCUGAUUUGACAACCAAAUAUGGCUUUGAUGACCUUCAUGUUGAGAAGCUGCUGAAUUACACUGGCAAGUUAAAUGAGAUUCCUGGAGACAGUUCACUGGAGCAGUUUGUGUGUACAGCCUUGUCCAACACAUCAGAAAUUGAAGAUGACAAGAAGUAUAAUCAUGGGAACUGUAAUAUCCAGUGGUCAGAAACUAAAAACUAUCUUGUCCAUUCAGUCAGCUGGCUCCAUAUCUACAAACAGGUAUUAAUGAUUCAGCAAUGGCUAAAUGGUAGUGUGCUUCAGAAGAUUCUUACUGGAAUGGACCAAGGUCUAGUGGGUUUUGUAGAUAGAUUCCCUGAAGACAGUGAGCCAUGGAAAGUUGCAUCAGUCCUGCACAUCAUGAUUCAUCUCCUGGAUGACAGUUUGGGACCAAACUCCCCACCAAACUACCUUCAGACUCCAAAAAUAUUAGUGUAUCUGGCAAAGUUUCAGACCAUUCUUCAAAAUCUUCCUCAUUGGCCAACUGUGAAGAGAUUGCUUCUGGUAAAUGGAGCUCUCAGAAAUGUGAUCUUCCAGAAUUUACAUUUUAUCCGAGAAGUUCUAAGCAAACUGGAAGGAUUGGCUCCAUUUUCUACAACAGAUGAUUUGAGCUCAUUACAACUUGAAAUGGAUACAUUCUUCAAUGAUUUUAAACAGAUGUUGACAAAGAAUUACACUUACGCGAUUCAGGAUGUACCCUUUGUUUCUGAAGAGAAUUUUACUCUUUUGGAGAACUUCAAAGUUAUGAAAGUGCUAACUCAUUUAAGGGUGCAUUCUCAUUCCCCCAAUGAGACAAGCUUUUUAUACAACCUGCUUCACUUAGUCAAAGAGGCUGAUGGAAUUUUUCAGGAGGUGCUCUUUGGACGAACAAAUUGGUCCACUGCAAUUACUGAAGACUUUCUGGGCUGGCAAGAAAUUGAACAGCAAUUUAUAGAGAGUACAACUGUUUGUUCUUGGUUGUAUCAGUCUUUGAGUACCCAGAUAUCACCUGGAGCAGAGAGCUCCCUCGUUUAUUGCCAGGAACAGAUUAUUUCCACACUAGUUUUCCAUACAUUGGAAGGAAUCCAGUUUUCUCUGGAACAAAAUAACUCCUGGAAAAAUUUAACAGAACUUCUCCAGAAAACAUGUGAAGCUGCUCAUUAUGUGAAUAAGCAAGAAAUUUUCCGAAGAGGUGCAUCUGCCACUUCUGAAAAAUCCCCUUGCAAAGGAACAAAGCUCGAUUGGAAAGUCAUCACUGAUACUUACUUUGUUUUUCUGAAAAAUUUGUGGAAGUCCCCGAGGAUGUCAUUGUCUAGAAUCUUGAUGUAUCUCAAGGAUCUUUUGCAGAUGAAAAAGAAGUCACAUACCUAUGAAGAUGAAGAGGAAAACUUUUGGCUAUUCUUUGUAGAAUUUGUGGAAAAAAUGGUACUGCCUGGUUCUUCAUUCUCAUUCAAUCAUCCUGCAUUCCAGAACCUUGCAACCCUACCUGAAGUUACCUGGAAUAAAACUCUUUGGUGGAUGAAUACUUCUGGAAGUUCUGAGGCUGAACCAUUUUCUCUUAAUACUCAGAAAUUUUCUGAAUUUACUAAGGAAGUUAUAGAGAAAAUCCAAGUUGUUUCAAGCCUCUGGAAAGGGAAUGAAUAUGAAGGAUUUAUGAGAUUCUUGGAAUUAAUACUUUAUGAAAUUAAUCCUAAGCUUUUAGAACUAUGGAUGUAUGGCAUUCCAAAAAGAGAAAGAGACAAACUGGAAACCUUAUCAGCUCUUUUAAAUUUGUCAAUUCCAGAAAAUCAAAGAAUCUUUGGAAAAAACUUCAACUUUUCUCAGUUUUUCCAUAGUUUACCCAAACCUAAAUUUUUAAAUUUGGAUUUUGUAAACUUAAGUGAAAUUUUCAUAAAUAAUCUUUAUGAACUUGGAUUAGUAAAGCAAGAACAAGUCACUGCAAUCCUGAAUACAGUUUAUGCUCUACAAAACAUAUCAAUCCUUUCCUCAAAUUUUUCUGUUUCUCAAAAAGAAUACUUGGAAAAUAUUGUGACUCAUAUCUAUCAAAAUGUCUUUAAGGAUAAGGAUUCUGUCAUACUUCUUCAAUUAUAUUCUUCAGUUUUUAAGGAUAUUUAUCAGCUUUUCUCCAGUUAUCAGAGUAGAGAGUCUUUGUUAACUUUCUUUAUUCAAAUUUCAAAAAACAUUUCAGCUAUUAUCAAGAAGUUUAAUUUUCAAGAUAUGAGCAAAGCUAUUGAAUUUCUCUCUGAAGCUACAAGCUUUCUGGAUCAAUUAUCUGAAGAAUCACUCUGUGAAAAGCUCUUUUCAGUUUAUAACUAUCUGGAACUUCAGGCCAAAUCUCUAAUCCCCAAGGAAGGCCAAGAAACAAAAAUGAUACAUGCGACUCUGAUGAGUCUGAAACAGUUGCUCAUGAAAGAUAAAAAUUUUCGGAUAUCUUUACUUCACUAUCUAAAUCAACUUUUCAACAGCUCACUGGAAAAACACUUGGAUAACAGAUGCUUUGAUUUGGAUGAUAGGCCUCUUUCUCCUAACUGGUCAGUGGGUGUGAGAAAUUCCCUCAUUCUUCCUUGGAUCCAAAUUCUUUCAAAUCUAACACAAAAUAUUGUCCUGAAUGAAUCUUUAGCUAUGCAAUGCACAUUUUCAUGGGUCCAAGUAUGGUUUGAUAUCUGGGGUGCCAUUUCUCAAGUCUUAAAGCUUGAUGACAAGUUUUUUCAUUCUCUUCAGAUUGGCCUCAGGGAACUUUCUUCAGAACUGGGAAAUAAAUUUGAAUAUUCUGAAAUGUGCCAGAGCUCGUUUCCUGACCAUGUUCCCAUAAGACUUAUCAAAGAUUUACUAAAAAAUAUAGUUCAAGAUGUUGAUGCCCCAAAUUGGAAUGCUUUUACUGUUCUCUCAUCUGUGCUAGACAAUUCAUUAGCCAUCAUGAAAUCACUAAAUACAGAGAAAGUGAAGAAAUCCCUUUUGACGGUAGAAAAUAUAGUACUCAAAUUAAAAAAGUUCCCAUUAAAUAUUAAUACUAGCAGAGAGUUUUUGUCCUCCCUAUUUGAAGUUUUCAUGGAGCUAAGCAACACAACAGGAUACGUAGACAGAGAGGCAUAUUUAGGAAGUCACAUACUUCCAAAAUUACUAAAAGGCUCUGGAGAAGAAUAUGAAUCUGCAUUCACUGUUUUACAAGAGACAUUAAGAUUCCUUAGAAAUAUAUCCUAUGACCAACAAUUAUUGUCUUGUGCUGGCAUUUUGUAUAAUAUUACCAAUUUAGUUAUGGAACAUGGUAUAGAUUCACAAAAUGCUUCACAAAAGUUAUUAAGUGUGCAGGAAAUUUUACAUUUCAUUUUAACCUCUGAAGAUACAAUUAAGAGGCUAGAAGGUUGUACUUCAUGGAUAGAUAUAAUCAGAAAUCUAGUUGUCAAAUAUGAUAUUAAUUCUUCAUUUGACCACUCACUGGACUUUUUAAGAUUGUUUUUAUCUUCAAGAAAUGUUAAUGGCACAAAAAUCAAAUUGAGAAAGUUGUUAGAUUUUGUUACUUUCAUGCUAAGUUCAACAAAACCUCUCUGUUCUUUUAAUAAUUUAGACAUGCAUUGUUUGGAUAUUUAUUUUAGAAAUGUAACUAAUUUUGCAAAAGUUGUAAUUACGUCAUUGUUGGAAAAGGAAAAGAUUCCAGUGCUUGACUUUAUAUUAAAAUUUUUAAAUAAUUCAGGAAACCAGAUCAGUUUAAUUAUCAAUAAUUUAACAAGAAUUUUAGAAUUUCCAUCAGAUUUGAACUGGAAAAAUUUUACUGGAUUGAUUACAAGAGCCUUAGAAAAGUCAGAUAACUCUCCUAAUCUAUUCAAAAUUGCCUGGCAUCAAUCAAUGGCCCUCUUUGGGGAAAUUAAAAAACUUGUGAAAAACAUUACUAUUCAAAUUUUAGAACACAAUUCAUCUGAUAUUGAAAAAGUUUUAAAGAUGUUUGACAAUUUACCAAAGGAAAAGAGUACAGAUCUGUUAGGUGAUUCAAUUCAAAAUUUAGGAAGUUAUUUUGCAUUUAAUUUGUCUCAUGAUCUGAAAAAUUCACCAACCCAUGCAAUUAUGAAAGCAAUUGGUCUUAAUAUUCGACUGGCAAGGGAUGCAAUUAAUUCUUGGCUACCAUCUAUUCUUCCUAACAUUCCAAAAAACUCAGGAAAUAUUAAAGUUUUGAAGAAGAUUAGCACUCUUAUACGCAACCUCAAAAAUGCAGAUGUAGAGCUCUUGGUAGAUCAACUUGAAGAAAUUGGUGGGAGCCUUUGGGAUUUUUUAAGGAAUAUCAGUGCUUUAGAGGAUGGAAAUUUGGGGAUUGACUUAUUAGUUCAAUUAAUGAAGACAUUUGUACACAGCUCACAUUCUUGGAGUAUUAACCAUCUGUGGCAGCUCUCACGCUUUUUCCCUAAAGAUGAAGUUGAUGCAGUAGUAGAUGCAUAUUAUGUACUUCCUGAUGGAGUGAGACUUUUACAGCAGAUAGCUCAUAAAAACAUUACAGAGGCCCUACUGGAUGUAUACAAUUUCACAUUGGUUCACGGAGCUAACAUUUCUACUAUCACUAAGGAAGAUUUUGCAAGUGCCAUUAAAGACCUUCUGGACAUAAUAGAGUUGGUUAUGGAUGAGCCAAAUAUUGCUGCAGAUGCUUUAAGUUGCCUUCCAGUAAUUUGGUGCUUGAACCACACAACUCUGCAGCUUCACAAGGAUCUAGUAAUGGAAAAGUGUAAUAUGUACAAGUCUGUGCAUCCUUUGUUGUAUACCAAAUUGGCUGAUCUCUUUCAUCACCUCCAGCUGAUGCCUUUGGAGAGAGAUUUACAAUGUUCAAAUGAGAGUUUAAGGAUGGAGAUGACUUACAGGGUGUACUGUUUCUUUCAUGAAUUAGCAGCAUGGAAUUCCAUUUUUAUAAAUUUUUCUGAAGCCCUCAAUAUCAAUAAUUCACUUCUGAGGGAGCUUCAAGGGUUUUGGUACAAGGUAUCACCCUAUAUCCUGUCUUCUGGAAAAUCAAGCAAUGCUAAUGACUCCAUACAUUGUAUGGUAGUUCCAGGGAAAUGGAUUGCUUUGAGAGUCAUAGACAAGUUGAAAAAAAUGAAUUUCACAAAGGUUUUUGAAAAAUUAUCAAUUCUGAACAAGAUUCAACACUGGGAAAUAGACAAAGAAACAUCAGUUCUAAAUACAACUACCAUGAAUUUGAAAAAGUGGUCAAAACUAGUCUCUAGUUUUGGUCUAAAAAGCCUGACUUCAUUUCUCUCUCAAAUGCAUUCAUCUUCUAAAACGAACCAAUUUAAUAAUCUCUUGAAGGUACUAUUACAUUUUGGUAAAUUUAGUAGCAUUAUUGACAAUCUGGAAGUCCUAUGGCUUGAGUCAGAGAGAUUUAUGCCAGACCUAAGGAAGAAUUUUAGUGUCAGGUAUAUACUCUCUUUAGUCAAACAAGGAAUUAAAAUAAUAGAACCACUUGAUGAUCAAAAUAUAAAACUGACAAUUUCCAAUUUUUUGAAAUAUUUUAAUUCCUCAUCUCUACAUGGGGCCAGAUUCCUUGAAGACCUUCUGGUAGUUACUAGAGAUUUGCUCCAUGAAUACACAAAUGGAAAUUUAUCUACAAUAAUAGCUACAUUGAUUCAUGUAUUGGAUGAUAGAAUUUCCUCUGAUGAUAGAAUAUCAAGCAUUGAAGCUAUUACUGACUUUCUAAAACACUUCAAGAAUAUUUCUAGAGAAGGUAACAUUUAUAUUACAUUUGUUGCUCAUUUGCUAAAUGUAGAAAAACAAGCUAAUUUCUCUGGUAUUCAAUUCCUUUUUGAAAGCAGCCUGAUUAGUGCAAUCAAUAAACUUGUUUGGAAUUCUCUGGAAGCAUCCCUGAAUUUAAAUGACACUGGCCUACCAAUAAUGGACUUCAUUGAUCUAAUGUUUAACUAUACACUGUUUGAAAAUAAUAGGGGGAAUCUCUCUCUCCACCCAAACAGUACAAUGGAACUGUUAGAACAAUUUUUUCAAAAAUUCUUCUUUCCACCAAAGGGAAAUUUUGAAAACAAAAUAUUUAUUCUGAUGGAAGACUUAUAUAAAGAAAUAAUGGCUGAGAUGAGUAUUGCUUCAAUGAACAAAAUUUUAGAUAUUUUGAAAAUGGAUCCUUUUACUAACCUGAUAGAAGAAGGCAGGUUACCUAGCAACUAUUCUAGUUUAAGGAAAGACAUUUAUGAUCUAAUGAAAGGGUCAUUCAUAUUAGAAAAUAGUGAAUUUCAUUUUGAUAUUCAACAGAGGUUCAAAUUUAUCUGAUAUUUAUUUCAUGUUAUUUUCAGAGAUAUCCCUACAAGAAAUGACAGUGAAAAUUAUGCUGACCUGGUUAAGAAUAGGACUCAUUUGCUUUCAAAGAUGAAUAAUUUUGAGGACUUAGAAAAAUUAAAUGAAGAUCUUGAUUCUGCAAUUCAACUUGUGAGAAAAAAUUCUGCAAAAAUAGUUGACGUGAUGGAUAUUAUCUUCAGUUAUAAUAUUAAGGAUCUUCAUGCUUUUUCCUCUAUGCUCCAAGUUAUUCUUGCUAAUUUAACAGAAUUAGUGACCUUUGUAAAUGAUGUUUUCCCUUCAAAAGAGAGAAAGCUGGCAGAAAUUACCAAGAACUUACUAGAUAAAAUUGUCUAUGGUGAAAAGGAUAUUCCAGAAAAUUUCUUGGAAAUGUAUCAGACUUUGAGCACUUUGCUACAGGAUAUCAAGAAAUUAAAAAGUCGUUCACAAUCAAUAGAUGCUGUGGUUAAAUUCCUUAAGCUAUCUAAAAAACUCUCUGCUCAAGUGGCCAUUAUUUUAGAAACUCAUGGAAUUUCCAAAGCAGAGGAAAAGUUAUAUUUCUUUGACUUGCUCUAUUCUUUUUUGCAAGGAGCUGUUCACAAUGUAAUAGAUGAUAAAACUUCUAUGAGGAAUUUAGAACUUUUAAGUUUCAAAGAAAUAGAAAGCUUGCUGAAACCAUUGCUAGAUGUCACCUAUUGGACUAUUGAGAUAAAACCCAUUAUUUCCAAAGAAUCCAAACAUCUGAAUCAAUCAACUAGUUUCUUUUCAUAUCUAAACCAAUCUAAAGACAUUUCUGAGAUUGUAGAAGAAAUUGCUCAGUUUAUAAUCAAUUCGAAAAAGCAUUGUGUAGAGGUGGAGCAUCUUGUAUUAGCUCUCAAAAAUGCAACCCAAACUUUAUCUAUAGAUGCCAAAACUCUAAUAGGAGAAGUUCUUGAUUAUUUGGUGCCAAUAAAUAACCUCACUAGCCAGGUAAACUUUUUAAAUUCUAAUCUGAAUUCCUCCCAUCAUUGGCUGCAGGAUUCAAAAUGGGAACGGUUUUACAAAAUAGCACUUUUUUGGAAUGAAAUACUGUCUCAGAACAGCCCAGAAAGUGGGACUAACUUGAAAAUGGUGAUUGCUCCAGCCCUAGAAGCUUUGGGGAAUAAUUUACAGGAGGGUGUCCGGGAUAUAUUUAAUCUGCUGCUGACAUUUGCACAGCAUCCAAACAACCUUUCUCAAGCCAUAGGGAGCACUGGGAAGAUGCUGAGUGUUUUUGGAGGACAGUUCAGUAAGGCGCUAUUUUUUAACAGCUCUACCAUUCACAACAUGACUCACCAGCAACUUGAAAAAGCAAUUCAGGUUGCAUUAAAUAAAACAGCUCUCUGGAUGGAAUGGCUACGUUUACUCCACUCACAGUGGAGACAUUCUACAAAAGCUUUAUUCCAACUCAUUUGGGAAACUUCCAUUAAUGUAACUACUGGAAAACAUGUGUUGCCCAAACUACUGAACAUUAAGAGAGAAAAGAAUAAUUUUUCACUUACUUUUGAACCUUUAUCAUGUUUUGAAAAGUCCAUUAAAAGAAUAAUUGCCCUGGCAAAAUACUCGCAAAAAGGACUACUGCAAAAUCAAAGUGUCUUUCAAAUAUGUCAGUUUUUCCAGAAGCACUUAAAGCCCUCUACUGCCUUAAUUCUUCAGAAGGUGAAGAUGACAGUUUUGAAUGUGUUAAUCAUCCUAUCAGAAAAACCUUCUUUUACUAAGGACAUUCUGUGUACUUUUCUGAGCUGCAAGGAUGGAUUAAUAAGGAAUCUCCUCUUAUCCAUUGUACAAGGAAUUACAUUGGCUCAUAACCACUACCAGGAUUUUGAAAAUAUUUGGUCCUCAUCCAAUCCUGGACAUUGUGAAAGCCUUUUACAUACUAGCAGCAAACUUUCUAGUACCUUGGAAAGUUUUAAGAGAAGCUUGGAAAAUGCUACAGCCAGAGACUGUGAAUGCCCUCCAGGGUUAGAAACUGUUCAGCAACAUGUGCAAAUGCUGGUCAGAAGCCUUGAGAAGCCUUUAUCAGGAGACCCCAUUAUGACUUUUCUUAGCAACCUCAGUGUAACUGGAGAUGUGAGGGUAAAAGAUUGUGUGCAGAAUGUUACCAAGUUAACAGAGGAAUUGCGUUCUUUGACUCCUAUUUCAGAGGAUACCAUCAAUAGCAUUCUGGAAGCAAAUAUCUCACAUCCAAAGUUUCUUUCCAGUGCCCUUGCAGUAGCUUUCGCUGGAAAAUGUGAUGAAGAAGUUAUCAGCCUCUUGCUGACAUUUCCUGCAGAUGGAAAAGCUCUUGCAGCUAAAGAAUUGUGUGUUCUGCCUGCAUUGGACGUGUACACUUUGAUUGUACUCAUUAGUCAGAACCUAGAUUUGCGGAUUAUCAUUUACAAAAUGUUGAUACCACCAGAGGCAAAUUCCUUACUGAACUCUUUGUUGGAUGUGGUUUCGAGCAUCGACUCCCUACUUACUAAGGCUGAGCACAUUCUCAAAUAUCUCCCUGAAUUUCUUCAGUCACUAAAAAGUAUUCCUUUGCUUGAUAUUCAUGCAUUUCCACAGUUUCCACAAGAUGUUCAGGCUCGAAGUUCAACCUUUGGCUCUCUCCAGUCUGUGAUGAAGAUGGUUUGCAAAGAAGAAGCAUCUUUCCUCAGCAACUCUAACAUGUUCAUUAACUUACCCAGAGUGAAUGAUCUCUUAGAGGAUGACAAGAUGAAAUUCAACAUUCCCAAAGAUUCAACGCCAUUUUGCUUGAACCUUUAUCAGGAAAUUUUACAGUCUCCAAAUGGAGCUUUGGUGUGGGCUUUUCUAAAGCCUUUAUUGCAUGGGAAGAUAUUAUAUGCACCCAACACUCCAAUGAUUAAUAAGGUUAUCGAAAAGGCGAAUUACACCUUUGCCUUUGUGGACAAACUGAAGAUUUUUUUGGAAGCGGUGCUGAAAAUGUCCAGCAUCUUUCAGAAAGGUGGAAAUGCUCAAAUGAUCAACCAUCUUCAGGAAGCCCUGAGAAAUACAUUUAUCAAAAGAUUUGUAGAAAGCCAAUUGCAGAUUGAUGUAGAGAAGCUCAUUGAAAAGCUACAGAACUAUUCUGGGAUGCUGGGCAAGAUGUUUAAUCACUCAAAGGUUGAACAGUUUCAUUCCUUGGCCCAAGUCAUGGUAAACAUCUCAUCCUGUGUACUCCUAAAUCGCUUCCAGCCUCUGGAGUCUGUGGAAAUACUGGAGAGAGAAGCUCAUGGGCUCAUACAACAAAACAAUUUAUUGGCUAGCAUUAUAUUCAACAGUUCAUUAACCAGUAAGAAACAUGGAACAGAUGCUAUUGAUCUCCCACAACAUUUCAUCUAUACAAUUAGGACUAGUGUUUUGUACAGUAUGAGAACAGAUUUGGUCAAAAACCCUUUGUGGAAAUUUCAUCCCCAAAAUCUUCCAGCUGAUGGGUUCAAAUAUAAUCACAUUUUUGUUCCACUGCAAGACAUGAUUGAAAGAGCCAUCAUUUUGGUGCAAACUGGAUUAGAUACAUUGACACCACCAAUACAAGCCCAAGCCAUGCCAUAUCCCUGCCACACCAGUGACUUAUUCUUGAACAAUGUUGGCUUCUUCUUUCCACUGAUACUGAUGUUGACGUGGAUGGUAACUGUAGCCAGUAUGGUCCGGAAGCUGGUUUAUGAAAGAGAGAUUCGUCUUGAAGAGUAUAUGAGGAUGAUGGGUGUCCACCCCAUUAUUCAUUUCCUAGCCUGGUUUUUGGAGAAUAUCAUCAUGAUUAUUAUAAGCAGCUGUGUUCUGGCCAUUAUCCUGAAAACAAGUGGCAUCUUUGUGCAUAGCAAUGCUUUCAUCAUUUUCCUCUUCCUUCUGGACUUUGGAGUUUCAGUCGUCAUGCUAAGCUUCUUACUCAGUGCGUUUUUCAGCAGCGCAAAUACUGCAGCCUUGUGUACCAGUUUGGUGUACAUGAUCAGUUUUUUACCAUACAUAGUUCUCUUGGUGCUACAUAAUCAAUUAAAUUUUGCUCUUCAGACAGUUCUGUGUUUUCUAUCUACAACUGCCUUUGGGCAAGGUGUAUUUUUCAUUACAUUCUUAGAAGGACAAGAAGCAGGGAUUCAGUGGAAUAAUAUGUACCAAUCUCUGGAACAAGAAGGAGACAUGACAUUUGGCUGGGCAUGCUGGAUGAUUCUCUUUGACUCAAUGGCAUAUUUUAUAUGUGGAUGGUACUUCAGUAAUUUGAUUCCAGGGAAUUUUGGUUUAAAGAAACCAUGGUAUUUUCCCUUUACUAUGUCAUACUGGAAGAACUUGUGUGGCUUCAAGAUGAGGAAGCAACAGCAUAUCAGCUCCAAUCUCUUGUUCUUCAAUGAAAACUUCAUGAAUAAAGGAUCUCUGCCACCAAACGGGCAGAAAGCAAUUGAGGAUGGGAUCGACAUAGGAGUGACACUGGUAUCAGUUACCAAAGAGUAUGAAGGUGACAAAAAAGCUGCAGUUAAAGAGCUUACACUUACAUUUCAUAAAGGUCAAAUCACUGCUCUGCUGGGACCCAAUGGUGCUGGAAAGACCACAAUUAUAUCUAUGUUGACGGGAUUGUACCCUCCGAGUUCUGGUACUAUCAUUAUUAAUGGCAAAGAUAUGCAGACACAGCUUGCUGCUAUCAGGAUGGAGAUGGGUGUGUGCCCCCAAUAUGAUGUCCUCUUUGAUAACUUAUCUGUUCGGGAACAUUUAUUGCUAUUUGCUUCAAUAAAGGCACCACUGUGGACAAAGAAGCAAUUAUAUCAACAAGUCAAUAAAACCCUUCAAGAUGUGGAGUUAACCCAUCACCAACACAAGCACGUCAGAACUCUCUCUGGAGGAAUGAAAAGAAAACUCUCAAUUGGUAUUGCCUUUAUUGGAAACUCAAAUGUUGUUGUUCUAGAUGAGCCUACCAGUGGUGUGGAUCCUUGUGCCCGCCGGGGCAUAUGGGAUAUUUUACUGAAGUAUCGAGCAGGCCGUACCUUAAUCUUCACUACACACCAUCUCGAUGAGGCCGAAGUGCUUAGUGACCGAAUUGUCAUACUCCAAUGUGGUCAACUUAGAUGCUCUGGUCCUCCCUCCAGCCUAAAGGAAACCUAUGGCCAUGGACUCAGUCUGACCCUGACAAAACAACCUUUCAUUCUGGAGACUCAAGAUGCCAAGGACACAGAUCGAGUUACAACUUUGAUACAGAUAUAUAUUCCACAAGCAUUUCUUAAAGAAAAUGGUGGGAAUGAGUUAACAUAUGCAAUUCCAAAAGAUACUGAUAAAGCAUGCUUUAAAGGACUCUUUCAGGCUCUGGAUGAAAACCUACAUCUUCUGCACCUAACCGGCUAUGGAAUUUCUGAUACUACUUUAGAAGAGGUAUUUUUGAAGCUUUUACAAGACUCCAAAAUGAAACCACAUAUUCCAGCUACAAUAAAUGUAGAGUCUCAAUAUGAAAACAGCACAGAACAACUGCAUGACAAUUACGACUCUCAUAGGAAGAUAAAGACUAAUGGUGGAGGCAAGCUGCUUCUCACCCAGAUGACUGCUCUGCUUACGAAGAGGUUUCAUCACACCAGGAGAGGCUGGAAAGGCACAUUAUCUGAUCUGGUUCUGCCUGUUCUCUUUGUGGCUUUAGCCAUGGGCUUAUUCAUGGUGAAGCCAUUGGUUACUGAAUACCCUUCACUCAAAUUGACACCAGGGCAUUAUGAAAGUGCAGAAGCCUAUUUUUUUAGCAGGGAAAGUGAGGACGAAGGUCUUUCUAGUGUGCUUUUGAGAAGCUUUGGCUCCCAGGAUCCAUUGUGUGCAUUUUGCUUCAUUAGAAAAAACUCUUCAUGCUGGCGAAGCGAUCCCUUUCCUCCCAGAAAAUUCCAGGACUCAUGUGACUGUUUGAAAUGUCCAAAAGAGAAUACCAGUGCUCCCUACCUGAAGAACAGUAAGGGACAUACUUUGUUUAAUCUUUCAGCAUAUGAUAUAGAAGAUUACUUAUUGUGGCCUUCAAAAAAACCAAGGCUUGGAGGUUGGUCUUUUGGAGUGAAGAUCGCUAACCAAGGUCAAGAUGAAAAAAGAAAUAUAUCAAAACCUCAAACUCUGGCAAAGGUCUGGUAUAAUCAGAAGGGAUUUCAUGCCUUACCAUCUUAUCUAAAUCACCUAAACAACUUAAUUCUGUGGCAGCAUUUACCUUCGUCUGUGGACUGGAGACAGUAUGGAAUAACACUCUAUAGCCACCCAUAUGGAGGUACCUUACUGAAUGAAGACAAAAUACUGGAGAGCGUCCGACAGUGUGGAGUCGCACUCUGCAUCAUGCUGGGCUUCUCAAUCCUCACGGCAUCGAUUGGCAGCUCCAUAGUAAAAGACAGGGUGUGCGGAGCGAAGAGAUUGCAGCACAUCAGUGGACUUGGCUAUAGGACCUAUUGGUUUACUAAUUUCAUUUAUGAUAUGCUAUUUUACCUGGUUUCAGUCAGCCUGUGUAUUGGAGUUAUCGUUGCUUUCCAGCUAACAGCCUUCACUUUCCGAGAGAACUUGGCAGCCACUGCCCUCCUGCUGGCCCUUUUCGGUUAUGCGACUCUACCAUGGAUGUAUCUUCUAUCCCGAAUCUUCUCCAGUUCUGAUGUGGCUUUCAUUUCUUAUAUCUCCUUAAACUUUAUCUUUGGCCUCUGCACCAUGUUAAUGACGAUAAUGCCGAGAUUACUAGCUGUUGUCUCCAAAGCACAGAAUCUGCAGAAUAUCUAUAAUGUCCUCAAAUGGGUCUUUACCAUUUUUCCACAAUUUUGCCUGGGCCAAGGUUUAAUAGAACUCUGUUACAAUCAGAUUAAGUUUGACCUAACCCACAACUUUGGCAUUGAUUCAUAUGUGAGUCCCUUUGAAAUGAAUUUCUUGGGCUGGAUCUUCGUGGCAAUGGCCCUGCAGGGCACAACUCUUCUUCUUUUGAGAAUCCUGCUGCACUGGGAUUUGCUUCAGAAACCAAGGAGCCAACCAGUCUUUCUUGGUCCAGUCAAUCCUUCUGAAGACAAAGAUGUUCAAGAGGAGCAAAUGCGAAUUUGGACUGAAAGAGCAAGCAAUGACAUUCUUGUGCUCAGGAACCUCCAGAAGAGUUACCAAAGUUUUGGCAAGAAGAGCACCGCCGUGAAAGAUAUUAGCUUGGGAAUACCAAGGGGAGAGUGUUUUGGCCUCCUGGGAGUGAAUGGAGCUGGGAAAAGUACAACAUUCAAAAUGCUAACUGGUGAUAUCCCUCCAUCUUCAGGACAUGCUGCCAUCAGGAAUCCAGGGGGAGAUGAAAUGGUCCUAUCUUCUGCUGGUGCUGAAGGUAUUCUCAUUGGCUACUGUCCCCAGAAAGAUGCCUUGGAUGAGUUUCUCACUGGCUGGGAACAUCUUUAUUAUUAUUGCAGACUACGUGGAGUCCCCAAACAGGAUAUCCAUAUGGUUGCUGGAGAACUGGUUAAUAGACUACACCUUGAGGCUCAUAUUGAAAAACCAGUGAAUACUUAUAGUGGAGGAACCAAGAGAAAACUAUCCACUGCUCUGGCUUUGGUGGGAAAACCUGAAAUUCUUUUACUGGAUGAGCCCAGCUCUGGAAUGGAUCCUGGCUCUAAGCGGUUUCUCUGGAAAACUAUAAUGAAAGAAGUGCAGGAAGGAUGUGCUGCAAUUCUCACUUCACACAGCAUGGAGGAGUGUGAAGCCCUUUGCACUCGACUGGCAAUCAUGGUCAAUGGCAGUUUCAAGUGUCUUGGUUCUCCCCAGCAUAUUAAAAACAGGUUUGGAGCUGGAUAUAGUGUUAAAGUCUGGCUAAGCCAAGAAACAAGUCAGCAUAAUGCCAUCUCUGACUUUCUCAGUCUCCAUUUCCCAGGAAUCUUAUUUAAGGGACAACACCUUAAUUUAUUGGAGUACCAUGUGCCACAAAGACAAGGGUGCUUGGCAGACUUGUUCAAAAUUCUAGAGAACAAUAAGACUUUGCUGAAUAUCAAGCACUACUCUAUUAACCAAACCACUUUAGAACAGGUCUUCAUUAGCUUUGCAACUCAGCAGCCGCAAACUCCAUACUCUGCUUUUGAAUUUUCCAACAAAUAUGUACGUCCAUAUUCAAUGUCCAUCUAGCUGCCAUGAAAUGCUUCCACCAAAGAAGUCCUAAGGAAUGGAAAACAAUUAUCUUCAGAGGGGCUCAUUGUUCUGUGAGGGAAACAGCCAAACUCUUCUCUUUCCUUUGAAUAGAAAACAAUAAGUCUGAGAGUCUUAAGUGAGUAUAAAGCUAUACAGAUAAUUCACAGAAUAGACAAGAACCAGAUUCUGGGUCUGGUUCUAUUUCCAUUGGAUAUAUUAACAUACAUUGUUUUUAUUCACCAUCUGAAAUGAAUCCCUUUCAAAUCAUGAAUUCAUUGAGCUAUAAUGCUGUGACAAGGAAAAUGUAGGCUUUCUGCUGCACAAAUGUUGCUCUCUCUAUACAUUAAAACACUUAUUAUUUAGCCCUGUAGCCAUAUUAAAUAAAUUGAAAAAGGUGCCAUAAAUUAUACAUGACAGAAUACUCCCUCAGGCCUUCAUCUUUUAAUAUUUCUUUUGGGAAGAAGGAAGAGAUUUAAUAGUGAUAAAUUGUUCUUUUCUUGACUUUGGCCUUAAUUUCUUUUGUUUCUAAGAAGAAUAGAUUUGGAUUCUGUUUAAUGGAAUACAAGUAAAAAGCCGUAAGAAUAUAAUAUUGAACAAUAACAUUUUGACUAAAUGCUAUCUUUCAUAGUUUUAUAAAAUGAGAUAUUUAAAAAUGUUGUCAUUUUGAGAGGGAUUCUACUCUUUAUUGGAAUAAAAUUGCCAUUUUCAAAUCUAUUUUUCUAAAAUAAUAUCAAUAACUAGCCUAUCUAGAGUGUGUUAUUUUCACAGUGUUUGACAUAUUAUAUCAUCUGGUUCUCCUUAUUCAAAAAGUGAUCAGAGAAUUUCUCAGGACAGAAAAUGCUCAAUUUAUAUUUGUUAAUAUUUUCUGUAACCCCAAUAGAGGGUGGCUAAUUUAAUUUUUAAUUUAUUUUUCUUUUAUGCUAAUAUGGUCAUUGAAUAAUAGUAGUCAUUUAGGUUAAAAGGGUUUUUUUGGGGGGAAAACAUACUUUUCUUUACUGUAAGGGGAAUGUACUUAAAAUUUAUGUAGGUCCAUCUGUGCUUAAUUGAUUAUCAUAUUACAUAUAGCAUAGGUACUAUAAAAUACAUAUAGAUCCAGGAAUCAUUUUACCAGGGUAAUGCUUAAACCUUAGCCCUUAUAAGUCAGUCAAGGAUUGUUUGGCCAUGAGACUUUGAUCUAUAUUCAUGUAAUGCUUUCUUAAAGUUACUGUAAUUUCUUUCAUGUUAAUCUAUUUUCAUUGUCCAGUGGAGGAAAUAUUAAUUUGUACUAAAUCUUUAAAACUUCUGAAUUAUGACCAAUCUUAUAGCAAUGAAUAAAUUAUAUAUGCUUUAAUU